AUGGAUUACUCGUACUUAAAUCAGACCGGGUUCGAUUCUAGCUGCCUGCAAGGGUCCAUGGAUGCCAGUGGUCUGGGCAACAUGCCUAUCACGUACGGAGAUUUGGCGUCUUGCGGUCAAAUGUCGCAGGCCGCCUAUCGGUAUACCGCGGCGGCUUCCAUGUCCCGAACAUAUUCGAACCACGUCGCUAAUAGUGUAGGUCCAGGCGGGCCCACCGGGGUGGGACCGCUACAUCCUCAUCCCGGAACGAUUUCAACACAGUGUUCAUCGAUGACAGGUCGAACACAUCACCAGGAUAUGCACAGGACUUCAAUGUUUUCGACUUCAAUGAAUUUACAAAGUGGUCUUCCAUAUAAAGUUUAUUCCGGCCAUGACGCAGUUUUAUCAGAAAAAAGGAAACAACGACGAAUCCGAACCACAUUCACUUCAGCUCAACUUAAGGAAUUAGAAAGGGCCUUCCAAGAAACACAUUAUCCUGAUAUUUAUACGAGGGAAGAGAUAGCAAUGAAAAUAGAUUUAACAGAAGCAAGAGUGCAAGUUUGGUUUCAAAAUAGACGAGCAAAAUUCCGAAAACAGGAGAGACUAGCCCAACAGAAAGUUUCGAAUAGUUCUUCGGACUCAGGCAAUGUCAAGUCUGAGAGCAAAUCAAACGGCAACACAACUCCAAAAGAUGUUAAACCUGGAUCACCACUUUCCGCUGUCUCAACCACUCCAAAUUCAAGUACGUCCUCAUCGCAUCAUUCAACUGAUUUGAAAUCGCAGAACGACAAACUGGCCGAUGACAUGAAUGCGAAUAAAUGGCCAGGAUCAUGCGGUUCGCUGCUCCAGGCCAAGCAAACUCCCUUCGGCCACCACACAUCACACCACGCCGCUGUCGCCGCAGCAGCGUCGCUUUCGUCUCCGUUUUCGUCGCUUCUGGGAGCAGGCGGAGGAGCUGGAUAUCUUCUCGACCAUCCUCUGGGAUCAUUGAACAAAACAACACCGGCGUCUAGUCAUCUUUUCUAAUCCUAUCCGAACUCAUUAUAAAACUACGCAAAUAAUACUACUCGAGGCGGUAGCUUAUUGAACUUCCGACCGUCAGCCAACUAUUUCCAAGUGAAGAAUGCUCAAGCAAUUAUUCCUUAAUUUUACGAAUAUUCCGCGGUAAUUGCAGAGUAGUCCGUUUUCCUUUACCCUUUUCUAUUCAAUUCUUAAUUUACGUAAAGCGUUAAUGGAGUAUAGGAAGCGCGUGCUAAACAUGGCCAGAAAACUAAAUUAUUUGCAUUGUUCUCCUUGGAGUUGGGCUGAUGAGAACAUUUUCAGCAGCGUUUGCGCAAAUUUUUGCUAAAUCUAACUCAAGCAGAAUUUGGUGUCUCCUAGGGUGUCCUUGCGAUUACCAUUAGUUUCGUAACCAUCUUGCCGGCAUUCUGAGCAGAAAAGUUAGGAACCUGUGGUCGUACUGAAAAUGUUCAUUCAGUCAGGAUGUUAUGUUGUGGUUGGAACUGGACACAUUUCAACAGAGUCGCAAUAGUGAUAGGAAGUAAUUUAAUUUUAGAAUAUAACGAUGUUUAGUAAA